GACAGAUAUUGGAGGAGUAGUAGUAAGACGAGGAGUGGUAGUAGUAGGAGGAGGAAUAAGAAAGCCACAAAACGAAGAACAACUAAACAGAACUACAAGUAAUAACAAUAAUAAUAAUAAUAAACAGAAGAAGAAAAAAAACACACAAAAAAAAAGGAAGCCAAGCUGGCUACCAACGAUUCUAGUUUUGCCGCUGAGUCGGUUCCAAGCAGAGGAAAUUUCACAGCAACCAUGAAAAGUAGCGGCGCUGCAUCGCCCGGUACAACCAAUAUUACAAAUAAUAAUAAUGCAAAUAAUAAUACUACUACUACAACUACUACUACUUCUUCCACGACGGCCCUGAGCCCAAAUAGUAGUAGUAGUAGCAGUAGUAACAACAACAACAACAACAACAACAGCAACAACAACGAUAAUAGUUGUAAUAACAACAGUGAAGAUAUUAAUAACAACAACAACAAUAAUAAUAAUAAUAAUAAUAAUAAUAAUAAUAAUAGUAGUAAUAAUAAUAAUAAUGGUGGCGUCCAGAGCAACCGAAAUGGCAUUAAUGGUAAACGCAAUGGAUAUAUGAAAUUAAAUAUUUGUCCAGCUACAGGAGGUCAAAUUGAGGUAAAUGUACCAGAAAAGGAAACCGUAGCAGGACUUAAAUGGAAUUUGUCGAGGAAAUUCAGAAUUUCUACAGAAAAAAUGACUCUACUUUUCAAAGACCGACCCCUGAAAGAAGGAAGUUUGUUAGAAAACCAAGUUACAGAAUUCAGUCGUAUUUUCCUGUUCCCAAAUAUGGAAAGUGGAAUGACGUUCCAUCGAACAGAUGUUGGCGUCAUCCAGGCACUUGAGAACCUUUCAGAGUCUCAGGUUAAUGACUUUCUGUCAGGCCGUGCACCUCUCCUGUUGGCCAUGAAACUUGGAGAUCACAUGAUGUUUGUGCAACUGCAACUCUCUACGUCAUCAUGCACACAACGCAGCCAAACAAAACAUGCUCAGUGCAGUGCAGAAACUAAGGACAAGGGAAGCAGUGUUGCAGUAGGGCCGGUGUUUAACUCAACGGCCCUUGCUGAAUUGGGUCACAAUCUUUCACAGAAAUUAAGGGAACUUUCCAAGUUGUCGACACAUCCCAGAGUUCCUGGAGAUCAUUGCAGCUCUGCAACGGCAACAGCAGCAGCAGCAGCAGCGACAGCAACAGCGACAGCGACAGCAACAGCUACGCCUGACACAUCAUUCCCAGUCUCAGAGAAAUACCAAAGUAUUCCAAUUGUGUCGCCGGGCAAGCCCAGUGCCACAUCACCGAACACCCCUUCACCCGUCACCCAGCCAUCAUCAGUUGUCGCACCCAUCCAAGCAUCACCUGUCACCCCGUCACCAGCUGCCACUGGGAACAAUGCCAAAAGCUGUAGCAGUGAACCAAUUUCUGGUGCCAUCAUUGAAAAUAUGCAACAUAUUGGUCAGGGAGUUUAUUCUGGAACAUUCUCUGGUACACUUGAUCCUUCAUUGCAGGAUUUAGAUGGGAAACCCAAGAGGAAUAUAAGUACAAUCAUUCAUAUCCUGAAUGACCUUCUUGGUGCCACACCUCAGUACCGAGUUGAGUCUCCCACUACACCUCACAAUGACAGGAACCUGUUCGAACACAACAUGGAGAAUAAAGGUGGCAGUGCAGGUUUUCCAGGCAACCAGAGCGAAGAAGACAGUGCCCUGCGGGGCAAGGUCAAAGAUCUCCAGAUGAAAAUGGAAGAGAAGCGAUUACGUCGACGAGCACGGCGGGAAACGCCGUAUCCAUGUAAUGGCAUUGGCCACUGCAGCAGUAUGGAGACCACCACCACUGCUACAACUUCUGUUACUACUAGUAAUCAUGGUAUUAAUAAUUCUACUGCUGUUUCAAGUCUCCACCUUCGUCAUCAUCAUCAUCAUCAUCACCAUCUUCAGUACCACAACCUCCACCACCACCACCACCAACAACAACAGCAUUCCAGUCCUGGAAGUUUUCCAGGCCCUACACAGAUGGACGUGGAUGAAUUUGAGGAUACUACCACAACUACCGCUACUACUACUAUUACUGCUAGUAAUACUACUACUACUACUGAACUAGGUGGGAAAGCUGCUGAAAUUGAAAUGAUGCCUGUUGCACCAACAGCGACAGCAUCAUCAUCACCAUCAUCAUCAUCAUCCUCAUCAUCAUUACCAUCAUCAUCAUCAUCUACUUCUUCUUCCCAACCGGCAGAGAAUGCCAGUUACACGAGUUCAAAUCUUGAGCAGGAAUCUGUGCUGGUUUGAAAAAAAAAAAAAAAAAAAACAGUUCUGUUCAGUAGCGGUAGAGUUGGGAGAAGAAGAAAGAGAGAGAGAGAGUGACAAAGAAAGAAUGUGAGAAAGAGAGAGAGAGAGAGAGAGAGGGAAAGUGUGAGGAUGCACGUGUGUUCCUUUGUAUCUUUUUGACAUCAUUUAAAACAUCCCAGAUCAAAAGAAAAUUCCACAAAAAUUCUGAAAGGGAAAAAAAAACUUUAAAAAAAAAAAAUUGUACCUCUAUCACCUUCACCCUAAAGUA